AUGGUGUGUUUCUGUUUCUUGGUUGAUCAGAAGAAGGAGGUGAAAGGAAGCAAACCGGCAGCAGGAAUGUGUUCUCGGUGCGGCCGCUGUGCAAGAGUCGCCGACAUGAAGACUUCGACGAGUGUUUUCAAAAUCUGGUGGGAAACUGCUAGUAAACGGCGAGUAUACACAACAAUAGAGUGGGUCGAUAGACUUUUUGAAUCAGGAACCGCGCUUCUUCAUAUCGGAUUUGAUGAAGAUCAAGAGUACUUUAGAUCAUAUUUUCUGAUAUAG